UCUUGCCCCUAGCCCUUGAGUUAUUUUUUGGCUCUCAUCUUGUCAAUUCAUCAAUGAGAUUCUUGGUGAAAUUUGAAACAAGGUUUAUAUCUUUUCUUGGGGCAGAAACAAACAUUCUCAAAUAAAAAAUUGCAAGGAGAAAAAUCAACUUUUCUGUGAGUUUAGUGUGUUGAUAAAAGUUGAGCUUCCAUUUGGGAGAGUUUGUGUUUUUGAUCCAUCCAAGCAAAGGAGAUCAGUAAAGCCCUUUGAGUUCUGUGAAGAAUAUUCCAGGCAGCAGGUGUAAAAGUAAUUGAUUUGGAGCAGAAGAUCAAUGCGAGAAGAGUGUGUUGAUUUAGUCCCUCAAACAUUCAGGCUCCAUUGUGUAGGGAAAGAAUCUGAAGAAAACAAAAAUUCAAGUGCUUUAAGUGCUGGAAAUUCUGGCACAAGUGCCGUGGAUGAAGAACAAUCAUUAGUUGAUGACUCAAGCCUUUGUUCAACAUCACCAAUAGGUUCGGCGCCACUUUGUCGCCAGUUCUGGAAAGCUGGAAGCUAUGAUGACACACUUUCUACUAAGCCCAGCCUUCAAAAAGGUGCAAAUUACCUGCAUAUACACCCCAAGUUCCUCCACUCCAAUGCUACUUCACAUAAAUGGGCCUUUGGUGCAAUAGCAGAGCUGCUUGACAAUGCUAUUGAUGAGAUCGAAAAUGGGGCGACUGUGGUCAUUGUAGAUAAAAUAUUGAAUCCAAGAGAUGGAAGUUCAGCUCUGUGCAUACAAGAUGAUGGUGGAGGAAUGGAUCCCGAAGCUAUGCGGCGUUGCCUGAGUUUUGGCUUUUCAGAUAAGAAGUCAGACUCAGCUAUUGGCCAGUAUGGAAAUGGGUUUAAAACCAGCUCUAUGAGACUUGGGGCAGAUGUUAUCGUGUUCAGCCGUUGUAAGAAAAACAGGAAAUUGACACAAAGCGUUGGGCUUCUAUCUUAUACAUUCUUGACACAAACUGGCCAUGACCGAAUAGUGGUGCCAAUGGUAGAUUAUGAGUUUAACACGCAAAGCAACGUGUGGGACAAAUUAAGCAAUACACAAUGUAUCAAUAAUCUUCCAUUGUUGCUGCGCUGGUCUCCAUAUUCAACAGAAGCAGAGCUUCUGAAGCAAUUUGAUGACGUUGGCCAACAUGGCACAAAGGUCAUAAUCUUUAGCUUAUGGUAUACAGAUGAUGGCCAAAUGGAGCUCGAUUUUGAAUCAGAUCCUGAGGAUAUUCGUAUUUCUGAAGUAGCAAAUACAAACAAAAUAAGUGCAAGAAUGAUGGUAGCAAGUGAGCAGCAUCUUGCUAACCGUCUUCGCUUUUCACUCCGUGCAUACCUGUCCAUCUUGUAUUUGCGAGUCCCAGAAAACUUCUGCAUGAUGUUGCGUGGAAAAUGUGUUCAAUAUCAUAGUAUUGCUAAUGAUUUGAAGUUUCCAGAAUUCAUCUUAUACAAACCUCAAAGUGGUGGAUGUAAAGAGGGAACGGUUGUUACUGCAAUUGGCUUUCUUAAGGAAGCUCCACUGGUCAACAUUCAUGGUUUCAAUGUCUACCAUAAGAAUCGGUUAAUAUUGCCAUUUUGGCAUGUGGUUAGCUACUCUGACAGUAGAGGCAGGGGUGUUGUUGGCGUUCUAGAAGCAAAUUUUAUUCAGCCAACACACAAUAAACAGGACUUUGAGAAGACUCCUGUCUUUCAGAAGCUUGAAAGCCGUUUAAAAGAAAUGACACGGGAAUACUGGGACUAUCAUUGUCAACUCAUUGGCUAUCAGCCAAGAAGAGCUAGGGCAAUGACCUUUCAGGCUUCAUCUGAUUCAGGAAAGCAUCAUGGAAUUUAUCAACCUGUACAGUUAACCAGAGAUGACUUAGCUAGUGAUUGUAACUUACAAAAAGGAGCACCCUCUAAAAGGAAAGAGAGCAAUCAUCAUGUGGAACCUGACAGGGUGAGAAGAAAGGUUGGUAUAGGAGCCAAUGCAACAGUAUGCAAUCAGGAAAAUCUGCGUGCUGGUGCUGCAACAGAUGAGUUAAAAAGCGGGGAGGCUGCUAACUUGAUUCAAGAAAACAGAAAGCUCCAGGCUCAAUGCUUGGAGUUUGAGAAAACGGUGGAAGAACUUAAUCUCAAGGCGGCUCGCCUUAGGGUAGAUUUGGGAGAGGCGCGGCGCGAGCAUUCUCGCUUGCUGGCUGAAUUUAAGUUGGUAGAGAAAGUCAAGGAAGAAAAAUCUAAUGCACAUUAGUUAGCUCGUGAUUUCUUUGUAAGUAUAACUGGUAUUUUGAGCUUCCGGCCUUAAGUUUGUUGGGAUCUUGUUGUAACAUGUAUAGAGGCUGUUGAUCAAGGAUGCAAAUGUUGUUAAAUUUUUACCGCUUUGAGCAAACUGGAGAUUGUUGCAAGCCAUGACUCCAGUGUGUUCAGACUUCAGAUUGUUAUGAGAAUUUUUUGUAUCUGAUUGUUUU